UUCGGCAGGACGCGACGGUGGUACCCCGACCGAAGCAAUCCCAGUGCCUGCCGCCUCUCCCUCCGCCCCACGCAAGGCACCCGACCCGACCUCCCGCUCAAAAAUCCCCCACACCCGACGCCACUCCACCCCGACCUCCUCCGCCGCAUGAGCCGGGCCGCCUCCCAGUCCCACCGGCGUCCGCAGCCAUGGGAGCCCAGCAGAGCGUCAAUGCCGGCAAAGCCAAGGUGGAUUUGCACGUCGACCUCACCCACAUGCUCUGCGAGGCGCUCCUGCUGCCGCCCCUGAGCAGCUCCAGCGCCACCAUCUCGCAAAUCGUCGGAAGGAUCUCCCUCAAACACCCAAGCCUAUUUGGGAGGAGCGAGAAGUUGGACGUGAUUCUGGAUAAGGGUGUCAAUGACUCUAAUGUUGUUGUUGCCUUUAGACGCCCAAGGCCCGAAUGGUUAUCGCAGCAGUCGUUUGUCAUUCAGCACUCGAUGACACCAGAAAUUGCGGUGCAUGGUUUUCCGGCUGACAACUUCACACGGUCAGGGAGCAGAGGGGUAAAUCUAAGCCGGUUGUCGCUUGGGGUGGAGAUUAAUGAACCGACAACAUCAAAAUGGACUUCUGGAACUAGUGUUAAGUUUGAGCAUAUCCGUCCUGUUAAUAAUGAUGGGCGCUCAAUAGCUAGGGACCACGAAGGUUUUCCCCUAACAUGCAGUGGUAACCUCCAUGACAACAUGAUUAUCUUGAAGCAAGAGUCUGGUUAUGCGGAUGUUAAAGAUAAUAGCUUCUUAAGAGUUAAUUUCCAAAUGGAACAAGGAUUGCCACUUGUACCAAAAUCACUAACUUUUAACAGAGUUAAAUGUGCUGUUUCGAAAGGCAUUAAACUGGGGCCAACAUUUUUGGUUACUAGCUUGACAGGCGGUUCCAUUGUGGGUGACAUGGCACCGUAUCAAGCAUUUGCAAUAGGUGGACUUGGUAGCGUCCGGGGUUAUGGCGAGGGUGCAGUUGGUUCAGGAAGACUGUGCCUAAUUGGUAACUGCGAAUACACGGUUCCUUUGGUGGUGUCUGCAUGCAAGAGGAAUAUACCAUAUACUGCAAAGGACUGCGAUGAGGAAUUCAUAGUCAAAGGAUACAGUUUCAGGGUUGAAAGUUCAGAAGCAAAGAAUCUCGAAGGUUCUCUUUUCAUGGAUUGCGGCAGUGAUUUAGGAUCUGCUCGUCAUGUUCCUGGCAAUCCAGCUCUUCGGCAAGGGAAACCGGGAUUCGGUGUCGGGUUUGGGUACGGCGUCCACUUCAACACGGACAUAGGCCAAAUCCGGGUCGACUACGCCAUGAACGCCUUCAGUCGCAAGACCUUCUACUUCAGCAUCAACACUGGCGGUGCUGGCUCAUAGAUCACCAAGAACAUACCUGACAUAGCAUAGAGUUUCAAGCCAUGACAUGUGAUCACCUCUCCGCAGUUUUCCGUUCCAACAUGCCUCGGCGCAACAAGCCGGUGCCCGAGGCAUUCGAGGGUUGUACAGUCGAGGUUGUUGUUAUCUUCUGCUGGACGCUGAAACGACAGGCCAUGAGAAUGUGAGAUGACAUGUGCAGAGAGCAAAGCCGUGGCCUGCGGAGCUUUGGCUGAAGGUGCCCCAUACCGUCUUAUUCUUUGCUAGGAUAAAAAUGCAUCAUCAUCCAUCGGAGAUGCUCAAGUUGAGCGAGAAUAAUAUUUAUUUUUAUUCUUUCUUUUCUUACAUAUUUCAUGAACUGUACAGUUUUAGGAGGAGCUGUUUGAUUUGCCGCCACAGUUUUUUUCAAUGUUGUCGCGAUCAUCGGUAA